AGUCGCCACAGGUACUUCUGACACCACCGUGUCCGUCGCCGGCGUAGUCAGUGUCUCCAGUGACUUAGGACUCGACGAUAUUUUGGCACAAGCCCUCGGUGUGUCCAAUCGGCCAAAGAACCGGCAAUGCUGGUCCCUAGGUUUGGAUAUCAAUUCUGAGUACGAGAAAAGGACACCGGAUGGCAGAGUCCGGAAGGUAAUCCGUUUCACUACCUGUUGUUGCUGCUGCCGUCAAGAAGCUCAUGCCGACUCCGUGUCCAAGCAGUUACCGCGGACCAUUGAGCAGACUUAAGACUGGAAGGGCCCUGAUGGCGUGGUGAAGGCCCCGUUGUGCUCGUCAAAGGCCAGUCUCCCGGGCCCAUGCUCCGGGACAGUUGAGGCGACACCUUGCGGGAAAAUGUCGCCAACAAGCUUUCCAGCCAGGGCCGGGCAUCCACUGGCACAGCAUACGCAUGCUGAAUGACAACAUUAACGAUGGUGCACCCGGCAUAGCCGAGUGCCCGACUAAGCCCGGCGCGUCCAAGACCUGUACCUCCCGGGAUGCGACAAUGGCGCCAGCGAACGGGUGGCUGGUGCUGGCGGGCUUCACCGACAACCCAGGCGCGUGGCUCAUGCACUGCCAUAUCGCGUGGCACGCUGAGGGCGGGAUUGGGCGUCGACUUCCUGGAGCGAGCAGACGCACAAAAGGGCCUGAUCAACAGCCAACGCCCUGGGCCAAUACAGGCAACAGUGCCAGUAGUGGGGUCGCCUAUGCUUAGGCAACCGGAUUGCAGCAGUGAAAGAUUUGGUUGUUUGAUGGGCAGUAGCAGGAGGGCUUGCCGGCGUGGGCUCAGCGUCACUGGCAGGGAGGACCGUGAAGUGUGAAAAUGACCGUGAAUGAUGACUCUGUUGUCGCGGGUGCUCCCGAGGGCCGCUGGAAUCUUACGUUAGCUGAGGCCGAUUUCUGGUAGGGCUGUCGGGAAUGGAAUGAGCUCCCACCAACGUUGUUGGUCGCGAAUCUUGGGUCUUGCCGGGCAAACUUGUUGAAGAGCGUCGUUGUCGUCGUCGUCGUCGUUGUUGAUUGGCUCCCAUUCGGUGUUUG